CAAAUGCGGAAGUGUUGAAAUAUAUCCAUAGCGACAACAGUUUACCCUCUCUAUUUCAUAUAGAUUUUGCUGUUUUAUUUGCUGUAUUUCUCAGAGAAAUGGAAGGAUAUGCCAAAACAUCACUUAGCACCACGUAUACUGGAGCCCCGGAUUUCAGAGGGAAUGACAGUUCUCUGGUAUCUGCUCUGAAAACUCUUCUCUUCUUCACCAUCCUGAUGGUCACCCUGCCCAUAGGACUGUACUUCGCAUCAAAGGCAUACAUCUUUGAAGGUUCCCUACAGAUGUCUAACUCUGACAGUUAUUUCUAUGCUGCCAUCGUAGCUGUGCUGGCCGUACAUGUGGUUCUGGCUUUGUUUGUCUACGUGGCCUGGAACGAGGGCUCCACGAAGGACAAGGGGAAACACGACUAACCCUUAAACUGGCCGUGCUGCUGGCCCAGAGAAGGCCUGGACCAAGCCACUUCCAGCCCCCACCCCAGCCUGGCUUCUCUCCAGCCCCAACCCAGACUGGCUUCUCUCCAGCCCCCAGCCCCCUGUUUGACCAGCCCCCACCCCAGCCCCCAACCACCGCCUGGCUUCUCUCCAGCCCCCACCCCAGCCCCCUGUUUGACCAGCCCCCAACCCAGCCCCCUGUUUGACCAGCCCCCAACCCAGCCCCCUGUUUGACCAGCCCCCAACCCAGCCCCCAACCCAGCCCCCAACCCAGCCCCCUGUUUGACCAGCCCCCAACCCAGCCCUCUGUUUGACCAGCCCCCACCCCAGCCCCCAACCACCGCCUGGCUUCUCUCCAGCCCCCAACCCAGCCCCCUGUUUGACCAGCCCCCAACCCAGCCCCCAACCCAGCCCCCUGUUUGACCAGCCCCCACCCCAGCCCCUUGUUUGACCAGACCCUUCCCCAGCCCUCUGUUUGACCAGCCCCCAACCCAGCCCCCUGUUUGACCAGCCCCGUCCCCAGCCCCCUGUUUGACCAGCCCUGUCCUCAGCCCCCUGUUUGACCAGCCCCCACCCCAGCCCAACAGCCAUGGAGGGGUUCAUACCGAGUCCAUCUCCUGGUGUUAGGAGAGAAUAAUGUAUUGGGUGUUUCUGAGCUUCUGCUCAGUGUAUUUUGAGACAGACUGAACACCUUCCCUGUCAUGUGUUACAGCCCGUUAGAGGGUGUGUCAUAAACUGGUCCCUGGCCAGAGAUGGCCGUGAAAUGCCAGUUCACAACUGGAGCGUGCAUGUAGAAAUGUAUUGUCUGCGUCCAACCCUAUUCCCUAUUUAAUGCACUACGUUUGACCAGGGCCCCGUAAGGCUGCUUGACCAGGGCCCCGUAAGGCUGCUUGACCAGGGCCCCGUAAGGCUGCUUGACCAGGGCCCCGUAAGGCUGCUUGACCAGGGCCCCGUAAGGCUGCUUGACCAGGGCCCCGUAAGGCUGCUUGACCAGG